AACAAAACAUAAAAAACACAAACUAUUAACAAAGAAGAAAUUAGUCAGCUAAUUGAAAGCAAGAUACACAGUUCUGAUGAUGAAAUUUUAUCUGACAAUAACAAUGUUAUUGAAUCCAGACACAAACAUGGGCAUAAAAAACACUACUGUCUUAUUUUAAACUUCUCUCAAAAAUCCCAAGGCAUUUAGAACAUAAUCAUAAACAUGAAGAACUUGUUAUAGAAGCCCUUCAUUAUCCAAAAAAAAAAGUAAAGAGCGAAGAAAUAUGUAGACUUAUAUAGAGAGGAAAGGUGAUUUUAAUGUAAAUAUAAAUAACAUUAAAAAUUCUAAAAAAAUAACAUCUGUAAGAAAAUGUACAGUCAACAAAGAUGAUGAGCUAUUGCCUUAUGAAUAUUGUUAUGGUUUUUUCAGAGCAAGGAAACUUUGUGAACAUGUUUCAAAGUGUUUUAGGCGUGGUAGUGAUAGCAACGAAAUAAGUUAUAUGAAAGCUUCUCAAAUAUUAGUAGGCCAAUCCAGUUUGACCGACAAUGCUAAAAUUGUACAUGAGUAUAUACUUACAACUAUGAAACAUGAUAAACUUCACCUUGUUAUUCGCAAUGAUAAGUUAUUAUUGACCUAUGGAGCAGUUGAAGUUGGUAGAAAAGAAAGAGAUCGUUACCAUGAUGUAGGCUAUGCACUUCGAGUUUUAGCUAAGUUAUUGUUGCAAUACAGAAAACAGUUUAAUGCAGAAGAUGCAUCUGCCAAAGAUUUAGUCAAUACAAAAAACUAUGAUAUCAUUGUUUCUUCUAUGAAAGUUUGUGCAGAUUAUUGUGGACCAAGAAAAAUUGGAAAUCCUUAUCUCGUUUUAAGAAUAGGAUAUUCUUAAAAACUUUAGCUAUAAUAGUCAAGUUAGAGUACCUGAAAUUAGGAUUACAAGACAUGGUUAAAAACAUUCAAAAUUUUUUAGAGCUAUUGGAAUCAGACUACAGUAUUUUUUUAAACAAUGCACGUAGUGUAUAUGAUUUACGAAAAGCCAAUGCACCAGAUAUGUUGCCAGAAGAAAGUAACAUUAAAGUUUUAAGAAAUUAUUGUGUUAGUGAAAUCAGCAAGUAUUUAAACAAUACGAUUCUUACAUCUAAUGAAUAUAUACAUUUGUGUAAACUUACUUAUGUAAGAUUACUAACAUUUAAUGCUAGGCGAGGUGGAGAACCUGGAAAGUUAACAUUAGCAGAUUGGGCUAUGGUAAAAAAAGGCAGGUGGAAACGCCAAACUGACAUAGAUGCUUUAGAUAAUCCAAUAGAAAAAAAGCUUGCAGAACGAUUUAAACUAUGUUACAUUGAAGGCAAAAA